AUGGCGGCGCCCACGAAACACGAGAAAUUAUCGAAAACAGAGCGAAAGAUCUUAAAGAAGCAAGGAAAAUCUCGAAUAACACUCCUUAAACACGAUGGUAUCUCCACAUCCGAGAGUCCAACAAAGAUUCUCUGUGUCACUAAUGCUGGUUUAGACAAUGGACUCACUCAACAGGAAGUCUGGGAUCUUUUCAGCAAGCAUGGGCUUGUCACCGAGAUCAUCAUGCUCCCACAGAAACCAUACUGCUUUGUUAGUUUCUCUGGGACAGAUGAUGCUCAAAAGGCAUUUCAUGCUACCAAUGGAUUUUUGUUCCGUAAAGGACCAAAUUCAUCACAAGAUGUGUAUUUCUACAGUUCAUAUGUUAGCCAGGUACCAGCCAGUGUUGCCCCCUCAAGUGAGAUGCCCAAAGGGUUAGUUUUGCUGCCAGACUUUGUCACACCAGAAUUGGAGAUGCAUCUACUGGACCAGAUCAAAUGGAAUGACGAAGGCAGCGAGGCUCAGAGAACACUGAAGCAUCGUAGAGUAAAACAUUAUGGCUAUGAGUUCAAAUAUGGCAUCAACAAUGUUGACCCCAAUGACCCACUGCCAGAGGGUGUCCCAGAAUCCUGCAGAGAGUUCCUCUCACGAGCCAUAGAAAUGGGUGUGGUCAAGCAUUACCCUGAUCAGCUGACUGUCAAUCAGUAUGAACCAGGGCAAGGUAUCCCUCCACAUGUGGACACACCCCCAGCAUUUGAAGACGGCAUCGUGUCACUGAGUCUCGGUUCUCAGGCUGUUAUGGAUUUUCGGCAUCCUGACGGUCAGCACCUGUCAGUGUUGCUACCCCAACGGAGCCUACUUGUGAUGACGGGGGACUCUCGGUACAUCUGGUCACAUGGUAUCACCCCCAGGAAGUCCGACAUAGUCCCCACCCCUGAUGGGGGUCUCACACUUGUCAACAGGGGGACACGGACAUCCUUCACCUUCAGGAAACUGACACCGCUCGCAGGAGUUGAUGUCAAAUCUGUCGCCCAGGAACAGAGAGAAAGCCCAUAUUUGCCAGACACAGAGUCAGCCGCUGUUCAGCUUGAACAUGAACACGUUCACCAGGUUUAUGAAGAUAUAGCCGAUCACUUCAGUGGAACGCGUCACUCUACCUGGCCCCAGAUAGCCGACUUUAUCCACUCACAGCCGACAGGUACCCUCCUGGCAGACAUCGGGUGUGGCAAUGGGAAAUAUCUGGGCGUCAACACCAACAUAUACGAGCUUGGUUCUGAUAGAAGUGUGAAUCUGGCCAGCAUCUGUCAAGCACGGAACUUCCCUGUGUUUGUGGGAGAUGUACUGUCCAUUCCACUCCGCUCAGAUGUCUUUGACGUGUGUCUGUGUAUAGCUGUCAUACACCAUCUCUCAACACAGGCCAGAAGACAGAGAGCUGUGGGUGAGCUGCUCAGGAUCUUACGCCCCGGGGGUCAAUUGCUUAUAUACGUGUGGGCAAUGGAACAGGAGAGGAAACAGGUUAAGUCCAAGUACCUCAAGGAGGGCAAGACCACAACCCUGGAUGGGAAGAACACUGCCCCAGAGGGCAAGGAGGUACCCCCUGAGGCCAAGACUUUACACCGAAAGGACAUGACCACACCCCCAGAUGGCAAGAACCUACACCCUGGGUGCAUGACUGGGCUCAGUGAUGGUAACAGUGAUAGGAAUAUUGAAUGUGAUGGAGCCACAGCUGAUGUAGAUUUGUGUGAAAGAAAGAGCCAGGGUGGUGAAUCUUGUGAAGACAGGUGUUUAGGCAAUUGUUCCACAUGUCCCAUAGAUUCUGUUGAUGGAUUGUUUAGAACUAAUGGUGUGACCUCACAUACAGCCACUGAGUCGGAAGGUGACAUGAAGAACCUGUCAGUGACUGUUCCAAGAACUACCGAAAUAUCUGGUACUGACAGUACAGAAACCAUGGAGAAUCAUUCUGAAUCAGGUUUAUCAGUAGAUUUUAGUAAUCAGUGCAACACCGCCAGUAAGAAACUAGCUGUUCAUGUCAACAGGACAAACUUCAAGGAACAAGACUUGCUCGUGCCAUGGCAACUGAAAAAUCAGAAGACAAAGUCUGAUGUUAAGACUGGUUCCGAUGCCAGUACGUUUCACAGAUUCUACCAUGUUUUUACAGAGGGUGAGCUACAGGCCCUAUGUCAGAGUGUGGGCGGGGCACAGAUUGUGAGGAGCUUCUAUGAUCAGGGAAACUGGUGUGUGGUGUUACAGAAAACUUGACUUAAGAGUAUGAAAUAAAAAAAUAUAUAUUUAUUGCCAUGCUUACAAAUUGGUGAGUAAACAAGUGAUUGUAUAUAUGAUUAACUGAAAUACGUAUCUUGUUUUAUAUAUUUAAUAACAAUGUAAAGAAGACAUAGAAAAAGUAAAAGAACUUUCAUAAUAUACUGUUAUGACCAUGUGAGAAAAUUCAUUCAUACUGUAUUAUGUCAUUGACUGUGAUAGUAAAUUCAACGAUACA